CUGCCGCGCGACGCCUUUUACUCACGUGCUGCCGAUCGUUAUCGCCAUACGAACGCCGUGGUCGUGAUCGCUCCAAAACGAAUUAUUUUCCCGUGCGUCGUACCUAUGCGUUUUUCCGUCUCCCGAACAAUGACAAUACCAAUAUUAAAAUAUACAAUAUAAUAUAAAAAAUAUAAAUACGCGUCAGUGCAAUGAUGACUAUGAUGAUGAUGCAGCGAUUGAUUCAGAACAACAACAACAACAAUAACAAUAACAACAACAACACCAGCGGUAGCGUUAACGCGGCGGGUUACGGGGACGAGAACAGGCUGAACGGCAUCCGCCACCAUUCGGCCAGUCCGUUCUCAAAACCCGCCGUCUGCGCCGCGACAAUAGCGGCCGACGUAGAACCCGAAGUCGCGGCGCCGCCGUCUCGGCCACCGUCCUUGCAGCAAUUAUUGUCGCCGGCGGCCAGCGACGAAUCGGCCGUCGCGUCGUCCACGCCGCACGUGGCACCGGCCGAGGACAGGCUGAGCUCGGACGAUGACUACGUGCUGAACGUGGACGAGGACCCGGUGGAUUUGACCAACAACCGGUUGCACGAGCACAACCCCGCCAUGGCCGGCCUCGCGUCCACAACGGCUCCGGCCGAACUGGGCGUCGGGCCACUGGGUUCGCAGCAUUUCGGCACCCAACAAGUACCCAACAAGGGCUUGGCCUUUUCCGUGGAAAACAUACUCGACCCGAACAAGUUCACCAGGAAACUAUCGACGCCAAUCAUACCCAGAUGGAGGCCACGUGUCGACUACCCGGACAUUUCUGUUGCCGGCGAAGACUGUUCGCGGAAUUACAUGGACGACGACGACGACGACAUCAGCGUAAGCGGCGACGGCUGCGGUAGCGACGUAAGCGACGACCGGGACAAGUGCAGCGCCGACGGCAGUUCGUCGACGGGUGGACCGAAGAAGUCGAAAACGGAUCACUGCGGCGGCGGAAGUAGUUCCAAGAACGGCGGCGGUGGCGGUGGCGGCAAACCGAGGCGGGCGCGGACGGCGUUCACGUACGAACAGCUGGUGGCGCUCGAGAACAAGUUCAAGACCACCCGGUACCUGUCGGUGUGCGAACGACUGAACCUGGCGCUGUCGCUGUCGCUGACCGAAACCCAAGUGAAGAUAUGGUUCCAGAACCGGCGGACCAAGUGGAAGAAGCAGAACCCUGGGCUGGACGUCAACAGUCCGACCGUGCCGCCGCCGCCCGGGUCGUCCGGGCCGUCGGCCGGCGGCGGCGGGCCGCCCUUCUUUCACCCGCUCGCCUACUCGGCCGCGCACCACUACCAGACCCAAAGCUAUUCGGCCGCAGCCGCCGCCGCCUACUUUCACCACCUCGGCGCCCAUCACUCCACCAUCGGGCACCACCCGCCGUCGUAAUGCCCAUCUUUGGCCGCCCGCAGCCCAACCGUGCUGAUCUGGAUCUCAUACACAAUAUUCGAUUUUUAUUAUUAAUGUUAAUGAUAAAAGUUUGAUACAUUAUUACACUAUUGUAUUUAUUGUAUUAAUAUAGUUUAUCCCAAGUAGAUUAAAGAUUAAAGUAUGAUUAGUGGAUUAAAGGAAAAAACGUGUUUUAAGCGACCGCCAAGGUCGCAUGACAUGGCCUAGACAUGGCUAUUGGAGUUUUGAUGUGAAGCAAACAGAUAAGGACUGAAGUAGGCCUGUCUAGUUAAAUUUAGAGAAAAAAAUACCGGUUAAUGUACCCUGAUGAUAAGUUAGUAUUAACGAUAACAGUAUCUCGAAAAAGCCAUUAAUAUUUUAAGAUAACCCUAUUUUAUCAUAAAGUAUAAACAAACCAUUCAACAUCGACGACUUUUUUGUCUUAUGCGUAAAUUCUUUUUGUUAAAUUAAUAAUUUGUGACCGUUGUACCAAAAAUAUUUUCCUGUAGUUAUGAAAAAUGUUCAUUAUAGCAAUUUUACAAAACAUUUUAGUUGGUUCAGUGUAGGCAUUAGGUUCGAAUGAAUAUCCUAAACACUAUAGUUUUAGACCAAAUGAGAAAUUGCACAUCAAACAGAAAAAAACUUCAAUGUGUAUGUCUUAAUACAAAAAUUAUACUCAGUCGACAUUUAUCUAAUAUUGUCCUGGACUAUAACGAAUGACCAAACCUGUAAAAAUAUCUUUACCCAAAAUAAUAAUUAUUAUUUAAUCACUUAUACAACCGUUAUGUACUUAUGUGUGUUUUACACACACACAAAUUAUAAUCCUUUAUGGAAUUAAGUUUGUGGUUUAUUUUUUAUUAGAUGUUUGUAGUUAUAUACUCUUAGCGCAUUAGAAAGCUAUA